AUGCUCACCACCUCAAAUUCGAUCAUCGAUCAAUCCCCUAUAUCAUUUCCUAUUUUCUUCCCCGACUACAAAAUUCCGGGGGAAACGUCACUAACGCAUUUCCGCUUCGAACCUGCAGGAGGAGUGGGUAAAAGCUGUCUCACGGCGCAGUUCGUGCAAAAUGUCUGGAUCGAAAGCUACGACCCGACCAUUGAAGAUUCAUACCGGAAACAGGUCAACGUGGAUGGGCGGCAGGUCAUGCUCGAAAUACUCGACACGGCGGGCACGGAACAAUUCACGGCCAUGCGAGAAUUGUACAUGAAACAAGGACAAGGAUUUCUACUAGUGUUCUCCAUCUGCAACAUGAAUUCAUUCUACGAGCUAGCCGAACUCCGCGAACAGAUCAUCCGCAUCAAAGACGACGAGGACAUUCCCUUGGUUGUCGUCGGCAACAAAGCAGAUAUGGAGGACGACCGCGCCGUUCCCCGUGCCCGAGCCUUCCAGCUCGCCCAGUCAUGGGGCCAGAAGCCAUACUACGAGACAUCGGCGCGGAGGCGCACCAAUGUGGACGAGGUGUUCCAAAAUCUCAGCGCCCAGAUGCUGCAGAAGGACAUGGGACAGAACCCAUCACACGACCAGCAACUCACAAACCGCCGGCGAGAACGACCGAAUCGGCAGGACCGACGCAGUGGGAAGAAAUCCCGGAAUCGUGAUCGUUGUGUCAUUUUGUGA